AUGGUUGACAUCACCAGUGUUGCCACGUCCGUGCCAGUGUCCGUCCGUCAGUUUGAGAAUAACGAGUACAUCGAAACGAUGGACAACUCCGAUGAGGGUUGUAAGACCAAUGAAUUUGAAGAAAUCAAAUUUAAACCCAAAAAAAGAAAGAACCUUCGUCAAAGAAUUAAGGAUGACGAAGAUUCAGGUGAUGAAGAGUAUAUUUUAGCCAAAUUAGAAGAAGCAAAAGUAAUACAGAAACUUCGUGAAAGACCUAACGGCGUUAGUGUUGUUACGCUUGCUACGGGACAGAAGACCACAUUAGAAGAAGAAAUUACUUGUAAGGACCCAUUUAAAGUAAAAUCUGGUGGAAUGAUAAACAUGCAAGCAUUGAAAAGUGGCACUAUAAAGCAAGUUGAUGAUGCUUAUGACACAGGAAUUGGUACACAAUUUUCUGCGGAAACCAAUAAACGGGAUGAGGAUGAAGAAAUGAUGAAGUACAUUGAGGAGCAAUUAGCUAAACGAAAAGAGGGACAUAGUAAAAACACAAACGACCCUGACCACAACGAUUCAUUGAAAUAUUUAUCACCAGAAGAAGCUGCUUUACUAUCCUUACCUGAACAUUUAAGAGUGUCAUCAACACACAGAUCUGAGGAGAUGUUAUCAAAUCAGAUGCUUAGUGGCAUACCUGAGGUAGACUUAGGGAUAGAUGCAAAAAUUAAAAAUAUUGAAGCUACAGAAGAAGCAAAAAUGAAACUCAUGUGGGAGAGGCACAAUAAAAAAGACUGCCCUUCACAAUUUGUACCCACUAACAUGGCAGUUAAUUUUGUUCAGCAUAAUAGAUUUAACAUAGAUGGUGACAAUUCAAAGAAAAGGAAAGUUGAAAAGGUUGAACCUGUUAAAACUGAGACUAAUGUUAUAGAUGAAAGUGUAAAUAAAUUAGUUAAGAAGGCUAAAGGUGAAAGGGCUACAGAUGAUUAUCACUAUGAGAAGUUCAAAAAACAGUUUAGAAGAUACUAG